AUGAUGGCUCUUCCUAUGUCUCAUCCUGAUUUCUGGACCAGAGCGCUGCAAUUCACUCCGACUAUUCACCGCGACGUCUAUCCCGCCUUGGACCCAGAGUCCCAGAAGUUACAAGGCAUUGCGAAAGGAAAGGUUGUGCUUGUGACGGGUGCUGGGUCAGGCUUUGGGAAGGGUGCCGUUUUGCAGUGGGCGAAGGCCGGAGUCGCAGGCCUCAUCCUUGCUGGCCGCCGCAAGAGUGAACUGGACAGGACAGCCCAUGAAGUGAGAGAGAUCGCUCCUGGUGUGGAUGUUCUUGCCGUGUCUGCGGAUGUUGCCUCUGAGGAGGACGUUCGAUGCUUAUUCGACUGUGCGUUUGAUCAUUUCCUCAAGGUCGACGUCGUGGUGCAUGCAGCUGGCGUGCUUGGGCCUGUCACCAACAUUGGCGAGAGCCCGGUGAAAGACUGGUGGAAGGCAUUUGAAAUCAAUGCAAAAGGCGCAUAUCUUGUGGCUCGAGAGUUUGUGUCGAGGACAAGCCAGCAAACCGCUACCUUCAUAAACACAGGCACAGCAGCAUCAUACUUCGCAAGCCCAGGCCAGUCAGCCUACAUCAUGUCCAAGCUCGCGGUGAAUAUGCUUCUCGACCAGCUCCAUGCCGGUAGGUGGCGUCUACCAUGUCCAUCACUCCAUCUCACUAAUCCUCCCCACGAAUAUGCCAACGUUAGAGUCUACAAUGUGCAUCCUGGUAUGGCCAAAAGCAGUGUUUUACGGCCCGAACUCGAGAUUUAUGCCAGAGAUACACCGGCGUUAUUCGGUUCGCUGACAGUCUACCUCACUGGAGACACGGCCGACUUUCUUAGAGGGCGGUUCAUCGUAGCCAACUGGGACGUCGAUGACUUGGAGCGCCACAAGGAUGAGAUUGUUGCCGACGGUCUGCUGAAAAGUCAACCGUUCAAGGGCAAUAUUGGGAAUGGCGGACAUUUCUCGUCCUGA